CACUUUUUCGGCCGUUGAUUUCCGGCUGAUGGGGUUCGAGUACACGUCUACUUACAGUAUCCGUGUGUGUAGUCUGGAGUCGAGCAACAACAAAUCCGUCAACCCCUGUCUACAGUGUAAACCGUGGACGCGUUUUAUAUCAAAACAUUAAUGAAAGCACGCACGUUUAACAAAGCGCUCAGAGACUAGACGAAGAAUCCUUGCAGUCUGAAUCCGACCGGCACUGAGUUUGUGUUUACACUCAAGUCAGAUGGGGGAGGUGAGGAAACUCCAAAAGAAGUUAAGGCAAAUAGAAAACUUGGAGAUCAAAAUUUCCCUCACUCCCGAGGAAAAAGUAAAGGUCUCAAAGAAGGCGGAGCUUCGCUCCAGAUUGGCUGAGCUUCUGCUGCAGCAUUCUGGCCCCCAGCAAACUCAAGGGAUUGUGGGAAAGGAGGAGGAUAACAUGAAAAGACAAGUCGAGGAGGUCACAGAGCAACCUGUUGUUUCUUGUCGCCCCGCGCUGAAGAUUGCGCGAGAGGAGAGAGGGGAGAAGGAGAGAAGCGAUGGAAGCCAGACAGAUGGCAGAGGAGAAGCGCAUCUCCCCGUCAGCCCCAGCGCAGAAGAACAGGAAGAUGCCGAGUUCAGAUCUCGCAGGCAAACUUGGGAGAAGGCCAAGUUUCGUCUCAGAACUCUGGAGGGUCACGGCGACAUCGUCACCUGCGCGGUCGCCGUCGACAAUCUCGUGAUUUCUGGCAGUCGAGAUACAACAGUUAAAGUGUGGCACGUUCCCACGGCAACGGAGCAGCGCAAUUUGGGAGGUCACAGCGGUGGAGUCACCUGUCUCAGUGCACCACCUCCGGAGUACUGCAGGAGAUUGGCACGUGUAUUCGACUUGGCUGACAAGGAAAGAUUUGUUCUAAGUGGUUCCACAGAUUGUUGUGUGAGAAUUUGGGCUUUGAGCUCGGGUCAGUGCAUCAAAUCCAUCUACACGUUCAAUGCGGUCUCGAGUCUGUGCUUCCUUCCUGAAGGAGAGGGCUUCAUUGUUACGGGUUCAGACGCUGGGAAGCUGCAGGUGUGGAGCUGGAGCUCGCUGGAGAACUGUCAGUCAGAAAACGCACACCUGGACGCAGUCACUACACUACAGUCCCAGGGUCCUCUGGUGUUCAGCGGCUCCGUGGAGGGGAGUGUGUGUGUGUGGGAGGUGUCCGGUCAGCGGACGGAGCCCCUCCGCAGGUUGCACGUCUGGGGGCCAGAAGUCACAGGGUGUGGUGGGGAUGACGGGGUGAACGGGAGGCUGAUUCUGAGCCCCCGCGGUGACCGUGUGUUCCUCACGUGUGGAAAGGCCAGCAUACGAAUCCUAAAUUGGAGAACAGGCAUGAUGACCAGACUUACCAAUCACAGCAGCACUGCUGGUGUCACAGAUUGCGUCAAUCAAAUUCCCGGCCUUUUGGUUGGCUCUUGUUUUGACAUCACUAACGGAGAAAGCACGAUUAACUUGUUUUCACUUCCCCAGUGCAAAUACCUGGUUACCCUCACCUCUUCCGAUCUUCCCAGGAUUCUUUGUUUUGCUGCUUGGCUAACAGCAAGUGGAGACCAUCGUUGGGUCACAGGGGGGCGUAACCUCACUGUUUGGGAGCAGCUUCCUGGAAGUUUUAAAAAGAGAGGCGAUGUCACAGUGAGACGAGACAGUCGAUUGGUAGAUUGUCUUCUGGAAUCUGACAGAGACUCGGAAGAUGAACAAAACGAGGUGGACGAUGAUGAAGACUCCAUACCCCAGGAUACAUCUGAAACGGAGGAACCCGCAAGUUCUUCAUGGCUGCGUUGUGUUCUUCAGUGAGCGAGAGGAGGGGUGAAUGAAAAAAAGAGAGCGAGGGGACGGAGAUUGGAACAAACAGGAAAGGAAGAGAAAGCAAAGGCAAGGUCAAGGGGCUACGAUGGAGUGCAAGAAAUCACGCGAAGGGACUGAAUUGGAACGGAUUUACUGACUAGUAGAAACAGAAGGAGGAGAGAAACAACAGACUGUUUUCUAUGUAAACGUUGAUCCAAUAAAACCUACCAUGUUA